AUGAGGGCGAAUGGGUUACGGCGUCGAGGGCGGCAGACCUACACGCGGUAUCAAACGCUAGAAUUGGAGAAAGAGUUCCAUACGAACCAUUACCUCACCCGGCGGAGGAGGAUCGAGAUGGCGCACGCUCUUUGCCUCACGGAGCGACAGAUCAAGAUCUGGUUCCAGAACAGACGGAUGAAAUUGAAGAAGGAGAUUCAAGCCAUCAAGGAAUUGAACGAGCAGGAGAAGCACGCCCAGGCGGCAAAGGUGGCGGCAGCGGCAGCAGCGGCUGCGGCCGCUGCUGGUCCGGGACACGGACCUGGACCCGAGACUAGCGUCUCCGGUCCGCCGCCUUCUGCUCAGAAUUAA